GACAAUUUUGUAUUCGCAAGUACACAAAUCACAUGAUCAUGGCUUUCGGCAGAUUAGUUCUAUGUUCAGUUCUUUCAAUUUUUUUUUUGAGCACUGUUGACGGGCGUAAAGAGCCGCCAUCAUGGCAAGAAAAAAGUUAUGCUGUAAAUGGCUAUUUACAACUUCCUUAUGCAGAGAUCAAAGAGCCAUUUGCUGCUCAUUACGAUGCUAAAAAUAGGAAAAGUCGCAUUGACUAUUACGAUACUGUCAAGACCAUACAAAUAGGAGCCAAUGACGAAAACAACUAUGGUGUAAGCUAUAAAAUAGCUCCAAUGACAACUUACAAGGUACUCAACAAGAACACCUGUUUUCAAAUAUCUGGAACAAAAGACGCGCCAAUAGCACCUCAAAGUGUUCUACCGGAUUUGACAAACUACACAUUUAUGGGUACGGAAAUGAAAAAUGGUUUAAGCUGUGACAAAUGGCAAUACACAUAUUACUAUGAGAAGAGUCAAAAGAAAAAUGUUAACACCAUGUGGGCUCACAAUGCUGGUGGCAAUAAAUACAAUCCAGUUUUUUAUGAAAUGAUGGGAUAUGAUAAUAUAUUUGGUUCACAUUACGAUAAAUAUUAUGUAUCUUAUGAAAAUUUUGACGAUCAUGGUGAAAUUCCAGCCAGCGUUUUUAAUAUAUCGAUUAUUGCCAAGGAAUUGACUUGUGGUGGAUUUCCCGGACCUGGCAGUGAAAAAGAAGGGCAUAUAUUGUUUAAUCCUAUGAAGGAAUAUAUUAAUAAUUAUGAUGAACACGUUGAUCAUUUAUUUAAUAUAUUCAAGAAGAAACACGGAAAAAAGUACAGUCAUCCACAUGAACAUGAAGAGAAAAAACAUAUAUUUAGACAAAAUUUGAGAUAUAUUCAUUCAAUGAAUCGGCAAGGAUUAACUUUUAAUUUAGCUGUUAAUCAUUUUGCUGAUCGGAUUAAGAGUGAUUUAAAAUUUUUAAGAGGAAAAUUAUAUACACCUGGAUCAAAUGGUGCUUUACCGUACGAUAAGAAAAGAUACGAGACUGUCAAAGAUUUACCUAAAGAUUUCGAUUGGAGGAUACCAGGUGCCGUUACACCUGUUAAAGAUCAAUCAAUUUGUGGUUCUUGCUGGAGUUUUGGUACAACUGGUACGAUUGAAGGCGCUCACUUUCUUAAGACAGGUCGUCUUGUAUCUCUUUCCCAGCAAGUUUUAGUCGAUUGUUCUUGGGGUGAAGGAAACAAUGCUUGUGACGGCGGGGAAGACUAUAGAGCCUAUCGCUGGAUCAUUAAAAAUAACGGUAUUCCAACAUCUGAUUCAUAUGGUGCUUAUAAAGGAACUGAUGGAAAAUGUCAUUCAAAGUCGCCCGGACUUGAAAUUGGAGCAAAAAUUAAAAAUUACGUAAAUGUCACUGCUUAUGAUGUUGAAGCAUUAAAAAAGAGCUUAGUCUCACAAGGACCAAUAUCUAUUGGUAUUGAUGCUUCUCACAGAAGUCUUUCUUUCUACUCUCACGGAGUUUACAGCGAUCCCAAAUGCGGCAAUAAACCAGAGGAUUUAGAUCACGCUGUAUUAUUGGUUGGGUAUGGUACGUUGGAUGGUAAAGACUAUUGGUUAAUUAAGAAUUCCUGGUCUACCUACUGGGGUAACGAUGGUUACUUUUUAAUGGAUCAAGCUAAAAAUAUGUGCGGUGUUACUACUUCUCCUACUUUUGUAAUAGUGGACUGA